UUAACGUGAGAGGAUGGAUCUAAUUAUCUGUGUUUUUGGGUUGCUGGCGCUGGUCGUGGAGGACAUCCAUUGCCAAGGAGUAUACGCACCUCCGACCGUCCGCAUCAUACACUCAGGGCAUGCCUGUAACGUUGAGGAGGAGAGGCACACGGAGAGAGUCUACACCAUCCGAGAGGGAGAGACCCUGGAGCUCACCUGUCUGGUGACGGGGCAUCCUCGACCACAGAUCCGAUGGACCAAGACAGCAGGCAGUGUGUCGGACCGCUUCCAGGACUCCAGUGUGUUCAACGAGACGUUGCACAUUGCAAAGAUCCUGAGGACCCAGGGAGGUCGCUACUACUGCAAGGCUGAAAACGGCCUUGGAUCCCCUGCCAUCAAGUCCAUCAGGGUGGACGUCUACUACCUUGAUGACCCGGUGGUGACGGUGCACCAGAGUAUAGGAGAAGCUAAGGAACAGUUCUACUAUGAGAGGACUGUGUUUCUACGCUGCGUUGCCAAUUCCAACCCGCCUGUCCGCUACAGCUGGCAUCGCGGGAGAGAGGUCCUGACGCAGGGCUCGGACAAGGGAGUGGAGAUCUAUGAGCCCUUUUUCACUCAGGGGGAAACGAAGAUUUUGAAGCUGAAGAACCUGCGUCCUCAGGACUACGCCAACUACAGCUGCAUCGCCUCCGUCAGAAAUGUGUGUGGGAUCCAUGACCGCAGUGUUAUCUUCAGACUCACCAAUAAGACAGCCUCCCCAUCCAUCAAGCUGUUGGUGGAGGAUCCUAUCGUGGUGAAUCCUGGCCAGACAGUCUCCUUGGUGUGCAUCACCACAGGUGGAGAGCCUCCCCCUCUUCUCACCUGGGUCAGCACUAAUGACAGCCUGCCACAAAGGAGCGUGGUGAAAGGGGGCACGCUCACACUGCCAGCCAUCACCUCAGAUGAGGCGGGGGUCUACAGCUGCGUGGCCAGCAACAACGUUGGAAAUCCUGCCAAGAAGUCCACCACCAUCGUGGUGCGAGCUUUGAAAAAGGGGCGAUUCUGGAUCACUCCCGACCCCUACCACAAUGACGACAACAUCCAGAUUGGACGUGAAGUCAAGAUAUCUUGUCAGGUGGAGGCGACUCCACCAGAGGAGCUGACUUUUAGCUGGCUGAAGAAUGGCCGCGCCCUGCGGAGCUCAGAGCGUAUGGUCAUCACCCAGACGGACCCCGACAUCUCCCCCGGGACCACCAACCUGGACAUCAUAGACCUCAAGUUCACCGACUUCGGCACGUACACCUGCGUGGCUGCGCUGAAGGGAGGAGGCAUCCCUGAUAUCAGCAUUGAUGUUAACAUCUCUUCCACUACUGUUCCCCCCAACCUGACAGUCCCUCGGGGCAAGUCCCCCCUGGUGGCCCGCGAGGGUGACACAGUGGAGCUGGAGUGCCUUGUUUCAGGGAAGCCCAAGCCCAUCAUCCUGUGGUCGCGAGCCGAUAAGGAGGCGCCAAUGCCAGACGGCAGCAUGCAGAUGGAGAGCUACGACGGUGUGCUGCGUAUUGUUAAUGUGUCCAGGGAGAUGACGGGCUCGUACCGCUGCCAGACCAGCCAGUAUAAUGGGUUCAACGUGAAGCCCCGGGAGGCCGUGGUGGAGCUGAUCGUACAAUACCCUCCGACGGUGGAGCCGGUUUACAUGGAGAUGCGUCAGGGCCUGGGGAGGCCUGUUGUGAUGUCCUGCAGGGUUCUGCGAGCCCACCCUUCCCGCGUGCUGCGAUUUGAGUGGCUCCUAUCAAACCGGCUGCUCCAUGCUGGAGCCUUUGACGCCCAAAGAGACGAGACAGAGUACACCAUCCGCAGCCUUAAUCGAGACGGCUGGGGGGAGUACACCUGUAAUGUCAUCAAUGAGGCCGGAGCAGGCAAAUGCACCUUCCAGGUUACAGGCAAGGCCUACCCUGUGGAGUUCUACUAUGAUACCUACAGCCCUCUGUGGCAGAACAGGCCCAGAGUAUAUGGCUUCAAGCUCCAGUGGACCCAGAUGAACCCCAACGCCGUGGACCGCAUUGUCGCCUACAGACUAGGCAUCAGACAGGUGGGGCUGGAUCGCUGGUGGGAGCAAGAGAUCCCUGUGGAUGGAGCAAUCAACAAAGGAGAGCUCAUGACACACAACCUGACUGAGCUCAUAAAGCCUGAAUCCUAUGAGGUUCGCCUCACUCCCAUCACACGUUUCGGAGAGGGUGACUCCACCGUCCGGAUUGUCACAUACAGCGCUCCCAUCAACCCUCACCUGAGAGAGUUCCACUGCAGCUUUGAGGAGGAGCCCAUCUGCAUGUUCACCCAGGACAAGAAUGAUGAUUUUGAUUGGACACGACACAGCGCUGCUACCCGCGAUACCAAGUAUACGCCCAACACCGGGCCCAGUGGUGACCGCAGCGGUUCUAAGCAGGGUUUCUACAUGUACAUUGAGACAUCAAGACCACGGAAGGAAGGGGAUCAGGCGCGGCUUGUUAGUCCGUUUUUCAACGUAGCACCUAAAAACCCUUACGGUAUCACCAACCCACCUGCCUACUGCUUCAGCUUCUUCUACCACAUGUAUGGAAAGCACAUAGGAACACUAAACGCCCUCCUAAAACAGAAGGGCCAAACGACCUCCGAAGGUCCUGCGUGGUCGCUAAAUGGUAACCAAGGUGACCGCUGGAAGCAGGCAAAAGUAAGCAUUCAUCCGACAGCAUCCUUCCAGGUGGUACUAGAAGGUAUCCGGGGACCAGGCAUCGAGGGAGACAUCGCCAUUGAUGAUGUCACGCUGGAGGAAGGGGAGUGUCGAGACCCACCGCCCAAUCUCAGCUCUGAGGCUCCGCCCAUAUGCUCCCAUAUAUGGCUGCUAUGCAUCACCUUGGUGAUGACCCUCCUGGAAGGUCAGAGGUGACCCUUCUCUCCGUCAUCUCAGAGGCGAAUAUUCAGACCCACCGUCUGUGAACUAUACCCUCGGCAUCCAAUCACCAAAGAUUCAUGCAUCCUGAAAGCAGCAGGGGUCCUCUGACAGACCACAGAGGGACCGGAAUUAAUGAAAGAGAGAAAAAAUCAUGAUUAAAAAAAAGUUACACAAAAAGUAAUAAAGAAGAUGCGCAAUUUUUUUUAAAGAGACCUCUUUUACAGAAAACGCUCCUCGGUGCAGGACUCUGGACAUCUUUACGAGCACAAAGACAGGCGUGCAAUGAGUAAGCCUGGACUUUGGCGAAAGAGUUCACAAGCGUCGAGGGGAGGACAGUUUGUAAAGCACAAGAACAAUUUUAUGAAGUUAUGAAAAUAUCUUUAGAAGGCGGCGGGAUAUAGACACUGCUGACUUUUUGAAUAGGAAAUAACAAUUUCCUGCUUACAAAUACAUGGAAUCAGACCUUUCUCUGUGUAUCUUUAUCUUCAUUUUUUCGCACCAGAUGCCAAUCACCGACACUUGUUUUUCACUCCAGUCUCACGUCACACCUUGACAUUUCUUUAUCUGCUCGGUGCUGUACUGUAGGAAAACAAGGACUCUGGCAACAUUAGUUCUGUCUGCGUACUCCCCUGUAGCUGCCUAUGUAUCUCUUAACACUGUGCUCACGAGGCCAAGUGGCCAACCGACGGUAUGGUGGCAGAACAUUGAAUGCAGAAGAAUCAGCGGAGGUGUAGACAGCUGGACUGGAGGUUCGGGGAGAGAAGUCGAAGCUCAGGAGCUGGAAUGAGAG